AUGUUUAUAUUUCACAAGAGAUGUGCCAUUUUGGCGAAUAUACCAUGGCGUAAUUACACCUGCUGUCGACCUUGCUCCCCUCCCUUUCGCGUGGCGGAUCCUGCUCUAGUCUCCUGUCCGGAUCUGCCUCAUGGGCUCCUGGAUCCAUUUCUUAUCUUUCUCGUUGACCGAUUUCUCUCGGUUCCAGCCCCAGUGUACUUGUACUCCAGAUACUACUUCUCAAGACUUCAGUAG